CCCCACCCAUUGUUCCCCCUACCCCUCCACCUCCUCGAGCCAAGGUUUCCAGGCAACCGGCUGACGGCUCCGGCCAGAGGGAGAAGCCGCUCGGAGAACACAGGAGAGGGGAAGCUGCGCAUGUGCGGGGGAGAGCCCGCCCCUUCCCGUCAUGCUGAGGGUUUGACCAAUGGGAAGAGUUGGAGGACCGGAAGGACUCUGGUCCUCCAGCCAAUCAGAGCGCGGGCUUUGUGCGAAUGAAGAGUGAGCUUCACACAGACUAAAACUUCCUGAUGUGUCCAACAUCUGAUAUUAGAAAGGGAGGAUUUGCUGACAGAAACUUCAAACUAAAUGUCACGUCAAGAUUUGACAGUCACUCAAUUCAUCGGGAGCUGAAUAUCACUGACCCUUGAAUCUAGAAGGAGAAAUGCUUGUCUGUUCUGUCUACUUCAAAAGGUUUUAAACAUCAGGGGGACUGGAAAAGCAUCAAGACACACACACACCCAAGUGAGAGUGUUCCAGUGCACUGACUGUGGAAGGAGCUUUGACCAGUUACACAGCCUGAAAAAACAUCACCAUUCACAGCGGUGAGAGACCGUACACGUGUUCUCUGUGUUCAAGGACAAGGCUUCAACUGAUCGUCGAUCCUGGAGAGACACAAGGACACCCUCACCAUGGAGAAACCGUGGAAAUGUGGGGACUGUGGAAAGGGAUUCAAAACCCCAUCUGCGUUGGAAAUUCAUUGGCGCAGUCACACCGGGGAGAGGCCGUUCACCUGCUCUGAGUGUGGGAAGGGAUUCACUCAGUCAUCUCAACUGCAGACGCACCAGCGAAUUCACACUGGGGAGAGGCCGUUCGGCUGCCCUGAGUGUGGGAAGGGAUUCAGCCACUUAUCCAGCCUGCAAUCACACCACCGAAUUCACACUGGGGAGAGACCGUUCACCUGUUCUGAAUGUGGGAAGAGAUUCAGUAAUUCAUCCCACCUGCGGAGACACCAGCGAGUUCAUUCUGGGGAGAGGCCAUUCACCUGCCCUGUGUGUGGGAAGGGAUUUAGUGAUUCAUCCCCCCUGCUAAUGCACAAGCGAGUUCACAGCGGGGAGAGGCCAUUCACCUGCUCUGAGUGUGGGAAGGGAUUCACUCGGUCAUCCUACCUGCUGACACACCAGCGAGUUCACACCGGGGACUGGCUCGUCUGUUCUGAAUGUGGGAAGAGAUUCACUCGGUCAAGCGACCUGCUGGCACACCAGCGGCUACACACUGGGGAUAGGCCGUUCACCUGUUACGUGUGUGGGAAGGGAUUCCCUCGGUCAUCCACCCUGCAGACACACCAGCGAGUUCACACCGGGGAGAGGCCAUUCACCUGCUCUGAAUGCGGGAAGGGAUUCACUCGGUCAUCCCACCUGCAGACACACCAGCGUGUUCACACCGGGGAGAGGCCGUUCACCUGCUCUCACUGUGGGAAGGGAUUCACUCGGUCAUCCCAUGUGCUGGUACACCAGCGAGUUCACACCGGGGAGAAGCCAUUCAUCUGCUCUGAGUGUGGGAAGGGAUUCAGUGAUUCAUCUACCCUGCUGAGACACCAGCGAGUUCACACCAGGGAGAAGCCAUUCACCUGCACUGAGUGUGGGAAAGGAUUCACUCACUCAUCUCAUCUGCAGACACAUCAGCAAAUUCACACCGGGGAGAGGCCGUUCACCUGCUCUGAGUGUGGGAGGGGAUUCACCUGUUCAUCAGAGCUGCUGAGACACCAUGACAGUCAUACCGAUUAGAAUCCUUUUAGAUGCUCUGACUGUGGCUGUUAAUUGUGUCAAUUGAGGUUAAGUAUAUUUGUGUGGACAUCAUGGAUUGGAUAGUUACUUGAGCACAUAUAAAGAGACCCUUACUGACAUAGAGUGGAUUCAAGUCAGGAGAUAUAUACCCGUAAUGUUUCACUCGCUGAAUAAAUCUAUACCAAGUAAGGACUGGCUCCAGUUUCCUCCUUCACCAUCAGACUAUUAGGAUUAUAACAUGGUAACAGAGAAUGCUUGUCUAAUGGUGAAGGUUGGAAACUAAAGGAAAAUAAAAUUUCAGACAGAAACUUACAAUCCAAGUAGCUUUUGUGAGAAAUGGCUGAAAGCAAGUUGGAAUUGUCAGGGUCUGAUUACCCGCCAAUGUUCUCGGAGUCUGAGCCACACAACCAGUGGAAGAAUGAAGUGGAUAUGUGGACAUGGGUUACAUCCCUAUCAAGGAGGAAACAAGGUCUGGGCUUGGCAUUGUCACUUCCCAACAAAAAUAAAAUCAGAAGCAAAGUAUUCAGUGAGCUGGAUGCCCGUCAGUUGGAUACUGAUGAAGGUUUGGAUCUUUUAUUCGGGUUCAUUGAUGAGAUUUACAAGAAAGAUGAUCUACUGGAUGCCUAUGAAGCAUAGAUGGACUUUGACAGGUUUCGAAUGAGGGUGAUAGCAUCUUUAGCAGAUCUGGAUAUCACAACAAAAGACAGGAUUAGAACAGCACUAAUAGGUGAAUGAACCCCAGGAAUGACCAGGGAACAAUUAACAGGUGUUUCAGGUCUGACUCAAAAUAUCAUUAUGUGAUGAACUGCCCAAAGUGGAAAAUCAGGGUCUUCGAAGUGACACAUGACACACAGAAUUCUGAGGCUGAAGAUGAUGAUGAUGAUCACUCUUAAGGAAUUGUACUAGUCACGAGGAGCUUUGGUUCAGUGAUGAGUAUGUUAGUCACAGACUCAUUCAACUGUGCUGUGUUAGACAGUGGCUGCACCUCGACAGUAUGUGGAUCAGUUGGUAAAAAUGUUACCCAGAUUCACCUCAUACUGAGGAUUGACACAAGGAGUAUGAAAGUUCGCCUUGUCUUUGUUUGGUGAUGUGAACACAUUGACGUCACUAAAAAGAGUGGGGAGUUUUGCAAAAUAGCUGGAGUCAGACACUUCAUCAGGACUGGUGUAGCCUCCAUUGAGAUACCCUUACUGUUGAGUAAACCUUCCACAAAAAAGGCACAAAUGCAACUGGACAUGAAGCAAGAUAAGGCAACUGUUUUUGGAAAAUCAGUGGAUCUGCAGUUGACUCAAGCAGGACAUUAUCGUCUCCCCUUAACAAUACCUGAUGUUUCUAAUCAGAGUGCUUGAGAAGGAUUAAUGGCAUCAAUGAUAAGAAUCAGAGAGAACAAAAAGCAAAUUGUCUUGCAGAUUGUUUGUGCGUAUUGUUACGAUCCUGGUCCGGACCGUUAAUGUUUAAAGAGAGUUUUGAACACCCACUGAUAACUGAAAGAAUUACACCACAAGGUUCAUAUUUUCAAACAAGAACAAACUUUACUGUAUAUAUAAAGAACAAAAGAAUAUUAAAAACCAGCACUACGAACUUAACUCAUGCUGUAAACUCAGUUCUACUUUUUAACUGGCCCCCAAGAGUUCCCUUAUACUUAAGGAUAUCCUGAAGGUUCAUUCACUUCUGUUCCUGGGACCAUCCCAAAGGGAUGUCAAAGCUCUCCAGAAUUCAGUUUAAUUCUCCUCAGUAUUCCAGCUAUUCUCCAAGCUCCACCAUUUUAUGGGGGUUCUUCCAUUAAUUUUAGGCUAAGAAAUCCCCCCAACUUUCCUUUCAGACCUGAAAACUGUGGACUCCUCAGUUCAAGCGAGGGCUUCACUACCUUCUUGCUGAGGGAUUUAAACAUUAGAGACACCCCUGGUUCCUAAUGGCCCUCUUGGCUUCUAGUGCCACAGUUGGUUCACAGCUCCUGCUCCCACAGUUGGCUGCUUCCAAGUGACCUGUAGACUGCCUGCCAGAAUUCCAACCAAGGCUCCACCCUCAAAUCACUUAUCCCGAUGGUAACAGAUGUCCAAUAGAUGUGUCAUUAACUUUUAGCUUCAAAGCCAAACCUUUUGGCCCUGAGGUCUGCAUGAAGAAUUCACAUCUCUCACAAAGACAGGACAAUAAUUGUCAGAUGCAAUGUCUCCAGGUCUCCAGCUAAAAGAGCCCACCUGCCCUUUUACAGUUCUUACCCUUCGAGCUUUGACUUCUUCAGUCACCCUGGGCCACGCCUUGUGAUUGGGUUUUUGUCAGAUUCUCAACCCAGGAUUUCCAUUUAUCUUAACUUUAAAAAAAAAGCCAAUUCCCAAAACAAAGCUUUAUGUUCCUGAAACAUGAUUGAUGAAACAAGAUAUUCACAACAUCUUCCCCAGGAAGAAAUGGAACUGUCUCACCCUCGUAAUAUCCCAUUCAGAAUAUGACAACUUACAACCUGCUGUACAUCUUAACAACAGCCAUGAUCUUAUCGAAUGGUGGAACAGGAUCGAGGGGCCAAAUGGCCAAGUCCUAUGUUUUCCUAUGUUUAACUAUCCUAUAACCUGCAAUAGACAUAAUAAUCCCUCCAUGGUCCGCUUCAGAUUCACAAGUCUAUCUUGAUAACAGCACACUGCUGAAUUCCAUGUCCAGAAGUAACAGUCCACUGAAGGUGUAAUAUAUUACAUCUCAAAAGUUUUGUUCUUACAAUAAUUAUAGGCCAAAGCUCCUUCUGCAGGGGGAGAGACUUCAUUGCUGUUCAUUUGUGAAUUUUCAGCUUCAGUUUUUAAAACACUGUUCAGAGUUCACCUUUUGAACUUUAUUUUCUUCCAUGUUUGUCGUUUCUUCAUUGUUUCAAUCCAAAGAGAAUGUCCUGGUCAAUUUCACAUUGAAACUGUCUUCCUCUUGCUCAGUUGGAGCUGGAGCUUCAUUUUUAUGUUCAAACAGCUUCUUUUUGUGUUGUUCCUUCAUUGGUCAAAAUCUUCUUUAGCCAUUUUAAGAAUGUUAUUAAAAUGGUUUUAAUGUUCAAGCAGAAAGAUUCAAUAUUCCUGUUUGAAGCACAUGGGAUCUUGGGCUUCAGAAAUAGAGGGAUCGGGGACAAAAGCAGGGCAGUUAUGCUGAACCUUUAUAAAGCUCUGGUUAGGCCACAACUAGAGCAUUGAGUCCAGUUCUGGUCACCACACUUUGGGAAGGAUGUGAGAGUCCCUGAGAGGGUGGAGAGGAGAUUUAC